AUGGAAAAGCAGAUCACCAUAUGCAAUGAUGUGUUCCCCAAAGGCCCUGAGUUUGUGAACGCAACUGUAAAGUCGGGCAACCUACUUCUGCUUCUGACCGAACGAACAAUCUAUGGCUAUGAAUACGAUGGAGUGACUUUCACAGAGGCACCCGAUUUCCCCAGAGAAUUACACGAACGCGUGCUCUUUUAUCCACAAGCUGCGUUCCCAUUGACAAAUGGAAGCGUGGUUUUGCUAUCGGGAAAUGCGUUCGCGACGUAUAAUGUGUUAGAAAACGCACCAUCAUUCUUCAAUGACAAGACUAGAUUCUAUCCAAACUUGCCCGACAGCUUGCGUUCAGGUGUUCCUAAGGAUAUUCGAAGCGGCGAUGCUUAUUGGAUGUUUGAUGAGAAUACGGUGAGUUAAAC